AUGUGCAUUUUUAGAGAGAAAAGAGAGCUUACAAAUGAUGCAAGAACCAGAAUUGCUAAUUGGUUACUAGUAAAAAAUUCCACUAGAAAGUUGAAAAGGGGUACCGUGAAAGAAGCAUCAGAGCUUUUUGGAGUGCAUCGAACCACAAUCUACAGAAUUUUGAAGCAAGCAAAAGCUCUAUGGCAAAACGGUGAUGCAGUCAACAUGGACUCUAAGAAACCCAAAAGGGUUGGCAAGAAAGGUAAACACAUUGACUUAAGUAAAAUUUCUAAAAUUCCAUUUCACAAAAGGGGCAACAUUAGGGCACUUUCAAUAGCAUUAGGUGUUUCUAAGAGCACCAUUCAUAGGUUGAUCAAAAGUGGUCAAAUCAAGCCACACACAAAUGCAUUGAAACCAGCACUUACAGAAAAUAAUAUCAUGGAAAGACUAAAAUGGUGCCUCAAAGCCAUUGAUCAAGACAAUGGUAUGUUCAACGUUAUGUACACCACAAUCCAUUUAGACGAGAAAUGGUUCUACAUGACAAAAGGGACACAACGUUAUUACCUACUCCCAGGUGAAACACAACCUUAUAGAACGUGUAAGAGCAAAAGAUUUGUCACAAAAGUCAUGUUCCUAUGUGCCGUUGCUAGGCCACGAUUUAAUGUAGAAGGAGAAUGCAUUUUUGAUGGGAAAAUAGGAAUGUUUCCGUUUGUCAGGUGGGUGCCAGCAAAAAGAAGAAGCAUAAAUAGGCCAGCAGGUACAUUAGAGCUCAAACCAGUUACCUCAGUCACAAAAGAAGCUUAUAGGAACAUGUUAAUCAGACAAGUGAUCCCAGCAAUCAUGCAAAAGUGGCCAGAUAAUGAUCAAGGUCCAAUCUAUUUGCAACAAGACAAUGCAAGACCUCACAUAGAAGUACAAGACAGAGACUUCAUGGAAGCUGUGCAAAUUCCAACAAAGACUUAA